AUGGCCGCCGACACCACCAUGGCGACUGCUCUAGCCUUCAACAACCGCCCCCAGUUGCACCCCAGCGGGCCACUGCAGUGGCGCCAGCGUCACGGUGUUAGCCAGAGACUGACAGCUUAUGAAUAUCAGCAACCUCGCCAGCCUUACAACAGCAACCAAGGCUACAUGCCUAACGGAGCACCUGGCGCCCACCCCAACCUGCCGCUCCAAGCGACUCCUCUCCUGCCGAACCAAGGUCGCGUCAUCCAGACCGGUCCCAUCCGCAUCCUCUGCAUCGCCGAUGUCCGCGGAAACCUGAGAUCCCUCAACGAGCUCGCAAAGCAGGCACGCGCAGACCAUGUCAUCCACACCGGUGACUUUGGAUUCUACGACGAGACGUCCCUCGAGCGCAUCGCCGAGAAGACGUUGAAGCAUGUCGCCCAAUACUCCCCUCUGAUCCCGGAGCCUGUCAAGAAGUCUAUCCAGCAAGGCCCGGGCCCCGUCAAGUCGCGAUUCUCCCCAGCCGAGCUCCCGCUAUCAGAACUGCCGCUUCUCCUGUCCGGCGAGGUCAAGCUCGAGGUGCCUGUCUAUACCGUCUGGGGUGCCUGCGAGGAUGUCCGGGUGCUGGAGAAGUUCCGAUCCCGUGAGUACAAGGUACACAACCUGCACAUCAUCGACGAGGCACAGUCAAUGCUGCUCGAGGUUGGCGGUGUGAAGCUCCGUCUGCUCGGCCUGGGCGGCGCAGUCGUGAUGCAUAAGCUGUUUGACAAUGGCGAGGGCAGGACUACGAUCGCUGGAGGCCAGGGAACCAUGUGGACUACACUCCUGCAGAUGGGUGAGCUCGUCGACACGGCAAACCGCGUUUACGACCCCUCCGAAACCCGAAUCUUUGUGACCCAUGCCUCCCCCGCUCGCGAAGGUAUUCUCAAUCAGCUGUCCGUCACCCUGAAGGCCGAUUUCUCCAUCUCGGCUGGUCUCCAUUUCCGGUAUGGUAGCUCUUACAACGAGUUCUCGGUCAACCCCACUCUCGACCAUUACCGCGGCAAGCUUGCUGCGAGCAAGGCGUCGUUCAAUGAUGUCUGGGAGACGGUCAAGGGCGAGGUGGAGCCCGCCAUCGAGCAGAACCAGGCUCAGCAGAACCUGCUGAAGAACGCCCUCGGCAUCGUCGAGAAGAUGCCUGCCACUGCCGCCGGUGGCAACCCCUUCGGCGGCCCUAGCCCCGCUGGCGCACCCGUCGGCCAAGUCGACGAGAGCGCCUUCAAGAACAUGUGGAACUUCAACCUCGCCGACGCUGCCUUUGGCUGGCUGGUUCUCGAGGUCCAGGAUGGCCGCAUCGGUACCGAGAUGCGCGCACAGGGCUUCAACUUCUCUCACCGAGGCCAGAAGCAACAACCCAACCUGCCUCCGGGUGUCCCGGCCCCCUCUGGCACCCCCCAACCUACCGCCCCGGCUGCCGCCCCUGCGGCGCAGACUGCCCCUGCUGCCGCGCCGCUGCCCAGUCGCCAGGGCUCCGCUCAGCAGGCACCGAAGCCCGCUCCCGGCUCCGGCCCUGCCAAACCGGCCACGCCUCAGCCCGCCUCUACCCCCGCGCCGAAGGAUGCUGACAAGGCUGCCCCGAUGGGCGCUAACGGUGCCGCCCCCGGCCCCGAGUCCGCAUCCCCUGCGCCCAAGCCGACAGAGAUUAUGGGUCUCUUCGUCAUGAACGCACAGAGCGACGACUUGACGCGCGAGAUGUUUGCCGAUGAUGACCGGUCCAGGAUCUCCAGGAUCGAGAAAUACGGACAGACCAACAAGGUCGUUCACUUUGACACCAAGGAAGACCGAGAUGGCGCUCUUGCCCGCCUGCCCGAGGAAUUCAAGACCCGCACCCAAGAGGAUCGUAGCAAGCCUCUUGUGAGGAUCUAUCAGCCUCGCGAGUCUACCAAGACGUACGGCCGUGGUGGCGGUGGCGCCGGUACCUGGGGUAGCAGCAACCGCGGCGGCGCUCCCGGUGGACAGAGCGGAUACCGCAGUGCCGGCGGCGGUACUGCUAGCGACAGCGAAGGCGCCGGCCGACGUGGUGGACGUGGAGGGCGUGGCGGACGAGGUGAUGGGCGCGGUCCCCGUGGCCGUGGCGGCCCGAGGGGUGGCAUGAGCAAGGGCGAGGGCGGUAACGGUUCUCCAGCCCCUGCGGCGGCGACCCCGACCGAAUCUUAG